CACCACCUUCCGCCUCCACAGAUUUUACAGAAACUGAGAUUUGAUUAUUUUGAUUUGGAAUUGGAACUGAGACUAGGGUUUCGAUUUUCUCUCUCAGGAUUUUACUCUAUCGUCCAAAUUCACGCGUGGACCUCUUCAAUCAAUCCAUUACAAAGAAGCUUUUGCAUUUCCAAACAUUCUAAAAGACUAUUUAUUUUCUCUGAAAUUGGGAGAGAACAAUGUCGGAAGAGGCUGAGAAAAGGCUUCAGUCAGUCAUGGCCAAGCUCUUCCAUCCCCCCAAGUCCAAACCCAACUCUCCCAGUGAUAGUUCAUCCGAUGGUCAAUCGUCAAAAGGCAAAAAGCGCCCAAAUCCAAUGUCUGCAUCCGCAAUUGAAUCAAAAUUAAGAAAGGAUAUUCAAAAGUCAACUACUCCAGUGCAGGCUCCAUUGUGCAGGCCAUGGGAUCGAGAAGAUCUCAUGAAGAGAUUAGCUACAUUCAAAUCUAUGACUUGGUUUGCUAAACCUAAGGUGAUAAGUGCUAUAAAUUGUGCCAGAAGAGGCUGGGUGAAUGUGGAAAUGGACAUCAUAGCCUGUGAAGCCUGUGGAGCACGUCUUCUCUUUUCUACUCCAUCAUCUUGGACACAGCAGCAAGUUGAGAAGGCAGCCUUGGUAUUCAGCUUAAAGCUGGAUAAUGGACACAAACUACUUUGCCCGUGGAUGGACAAUGCCUGCGAUGAGAUGCUAGCACAGUUUCCACCUGCAACAGUUCAAGAUUUAGUGGAUGGUUACAAAGAACGAUCUUCUGCUCUUUUGCAACUUGUAGCCCUUCCCUUGAUUUCAUCUGCAGCCAUUAAUUACAUGAGAAGUCCUCAGCUGGAGCAUUUUCUUAGACAAUCUGCAGUGUUGGAAUUUGGCAGUGUGUCUGCAGAUUCUUCUCAGACAGAAUAUCUUGGAAGUGAAUGUGAUGCAGUUUCUGCUAAUUUGUAUUUUCAGGCACAAAAGCUCAUAAGUUUAUGUGGUUGGAAGCCUCGCUCGCUGCCUUAUGUGGUUGACUCCAAGGAUCGGCAAUGUAAAUCUGCUAAAGAUGUCAAUCAUUUGGAUCUGUCUCGUAUAGUUGCUAAUAUGCAGACUCCUCCAAUUAGCGUCCACUCUUCUGCCACUGAUAAGAGUAUGCAAGCAAAUGAAGAUCCCAUGGCAUCUAGUGAACUACAGUCUGAGCAUUCUGUUGUUCUAGAAUGCAGCCUUUGUGGAGCCACCGUUGGAUUAUGGGCUUUCUCUACAGUUCAACGUCCAACAGAGUUUUUUAGAUUAGUUGGAAAUUCAGAAGUUACUGGUGAAAGCAAUGCUUUUCAUUGUAAAGGAACUGUCUUUUGCCCUGUCAGUGGUGCUCCUGGAAUUCAGGAUUCAGGAAAAGAAAACCAUGUCAACCGUACUGAAGCUGUCAUGAUCACUGAUGCAAAUGGUGCUAGAUCAUCAAAUGAAAGAUUGUUGAAUUUAAAUUUGACAAUUGCAGGGGGUCCUCCACCAACAGAGCAAAACUUCAGAGCAACAAUUUCCAUACCUGUUAUAGGUCAGAAUUUAAGGGCACGGUUUUCUUCUGAUCAUGAUUUUAGGGAUCGUAGCUGUGUUAAUCAAGAAAAUAGUCCAUCUGGUGCCAAUAAAAAGGGUUUAUUUCUGGAGGGAAAAAACCACACAGAAAACACAGUCACUCCACAAAUUGCCCAUCCAGAAUCUAUUGUCCUCCUAGAAAGCAAAAGACAUGGUGAUGGACAAUUUAAUGCUACAAGCAAUGAUCAAUCUCCAUGUUUGAAUAACAACAUCAGUGAGGAAGAUGAUGCAUUUAGAAACAGUAACAAUCACAUGUCAUUGGAAAGACCAAAUGUCAAUCAGCAGGGACUGGGUUUUCCUGAAACUGGUAUGCAUGAUUCUAUUUUCAAAGUUCAAACGCAAGAUGUAGUACAAAGUUCUGGUCAAAAUAGCAAGUUGGCUGAGAGUGCAGAUAAUGUCAGGACAGUUAACCCAACAGUAACUGAGAGUGUAGAUAAUGUCGGGACAGUUAACCCAACAGCAACUGAGAGUGUAGAUAAUGUCGGGACAGUUAACCCAACAGCAACUGAGAGUGUAGAUAAUGUCGGGACAGUUGACCCAACAGCAACUGAGAGUGUAGAUAAUGUCGGGACAGUUGACCCAACAGCAACUGAGAGUGUAGAUAAUGUCGGGACAGUUAACCCAACAGCAACUGAGAGUGCAGAUAAUGUUGGGGCAGUUAACCCAACAACAACUGGGAGUGCAGAUAAUGUUGGAGCAGUUAACCCAGCAGCAACUGAGAGUGCAGAUAAUGAAGUUAGAGAUUCUUGCAUGACAAGUGCAGAUGCUAAUAUGACAACUAGAAAUGCAGAAAUCAGUGAGGAUGAUUCAUUAAUGGUGGUUGGGGCUGAUGAUUGCAAUCUUCAGCAGAUUCAUGGAACUGAUAGUGCCUGUAACAUACACAUAAGAGGAGGAGCCAAAUAUUCUGAGGUCCAAAACAUUUUAAGCACUCAACCAAAUAGCCAGGGUGACGAUUGGGUCAAAGACAGAGGACAGAUUCCUGUAAAUAACGAAGCUGUAGCCUGUGGCAUAGCAAAUGAUCUGAAGCAACAACCAAUAGAUAAAGCCAUGGAGUUUGAUCCAAUCUGGCAGCACAGACACUUUUGCCCAUGGAUUGCAGCAGCAGGCGGUGCUGCACCUGGAUGGCAACAAACUCUCUCUGCUUUACAACAGCAGAAAGAUUUUUCUCAUCCUUCACCCUCGAACAUGAUCAAGGUAUUUCAAAACUUCAAUACCAUUGUUAGGGCAGUAAAGCACAUAUCCGUCUUGUGGUAUCACAUGGACCAAGGAAUAACAACAGGGUUGAACCAAUUGGGUGGUAAAGUGCAUAUACAUCUUGUGGUAUCACAUGGACUUAGGAAUAACAGUAGCGUCGAACCAGUCCCACCUAGCAUGAUCCUGUAGGAACCUAUCCUGCCCUAAUCUUGCUGUCUCUAAGAUAGGUAUUUAAUACAAACACAUCUCACAUUUGUGUUGAGUUUGGAGUACUUGUCUAUAGUAUUGAAGUGUAACACACUCAGUGAGCGACUUUUCAUGAAUAUUAGAUACAACAAUGAUGAUGAUGUUAAGUAAAAAUAUUUCUAAUUAGUCCUGGGGUUUGAAAUUUUGGCUUAGCACUCCUGUCCAAAUUUUAAGUAUAUUAAAUCUGAACUGUUACCUUUUUUGGAUAGGCAAAUCAAAGUAAAUAAUAUUAAUAGAGUGCCUAACCAAGUAAAUAUAUUCAUGAUUUGAAUUAUUAUUGCCUGCAUGUCCACCCAGGCAAACCCACUCACUCCAUAUUUCAGUGAGAACCUCCACAUAUUCUAGUCUUUUGUCUCUGUUUAUUGUAGUGUCAUCUUAAAGUGAAAUCCUUUUUCUCUGUAUACUUCUGCACAGGUGGAUGAUCCCAUUGCUUCAGUUAGAAAGAUUUUCAUGUCGUCAUCAGAAAAAAGAAUGAAGCGCACUCAUGGAUCGACCUAAAGCGCUGUAUGCUGAGUUGUUGAAUUUGCUGUGUCCAAAAGAGGUCCUCAAACAUCCCGAUUUCGCCAGUUUUGGUAGGAUGCUUAGGUACUGGAGACAAAUGUAUUUCCAUAGGCAUGCUGCUAUCCCUUUCUGAAGUCCAUAAAAUGUUAGCAAACCUGUGGUAGUAGCAGCUUUGUAAUUACUGCCAAACUAGUUGAGAAUUAAGAUGCAUUUUCUCUACA